AUGGGUUCCAUUGUGGGCUCCCUCUACCGGGACACAGGUCCUGCCAGGAUCCUGCUCCAGCACAGGCUUCCCACAAGGUCACAGAUUCCUUCAGGCAUCCACCAGCUACAGCAUGGGAUCCUGCAUAGGCUGCAGUGUGGCCAACAGGACCAGGGAAGUGAUUCUUGCCCCAGUGCUGGUGAGGCCACACCUGGAGUGCUGUGUCCAGUUCUGGGCCCUCAGUUCAGGAAGGAUAUUGAGGUGCUGGAGCAGGUCCAGAGAAGAGCAACAAGGCUGGUGAAGGGACUCAAGCACAAGUCCUAUGAGGAGAGGCUGAGGGAGCUGGGGUUGUUCAGCCUGGAGAAGAGGAGGCUCAGGGAAGACCUCAUCACUCUCUACAGCUCCCUGAAAGGAGGUUGUAGCCAGGUGGGGGUUGGUCUCUUCUCCCAGGCAGCUAUCAGUAAGACAAGAGCGCAUAGUCUUAAGCUCUGCCAGGGGAUGUUUAGGUUGGAUACUAGGGAGAAAUUCUUUCCAGAGAGAGUAAUCAGGCAUUGGAAUGGGCUGCCCAGGGAAGUGGUGGAUUCUCCAUCCCUGGAGGUUUUUAAGAUGAGACUG